UCCGAUACCCCGGAUAUACUGGACCAAUUUAGACGAACCGCCUCAUAGGCCCAAGAAAAGCCCAAUUAUAUUCUCUCACUCCCUAACUUCUCUCCUCUUUCUUCCAUCUAUUUGGGGAUUUCUACCCUCUUUUUCAAUUAGGGUUUCAGAAAUGGCGAAUCGCACCGACCCGUUAGCGAAGAGCAUUAGGGGAACAAACCCCCAGAACCUCGUAGAGAAAAUCGUCAGAUCCAAAAUAUACCAAAAUACCUACUGGAAAGAACAAUGUUUUGGGUUAACAGCAGAAACACUUGUCGACAAAGCUAUGGAACUCGACCACCUAGGUGGAACAUUCGGCGGCAAUCGAAAACCUGCGCCCUUUAUUUGUCUUGUAAUGAAGAUGCUCCAAAUUCAGCCUGAAAAAGAUAUCGUUGUGGAGUUUAUAAAGAAUGAAGAUUAUAAGUAUGUUCGUGUACUUGGUGCUUUUUAUUUGCGGCUUACGGGUACCGAUGUUGAUAUUUAUCGAUAUCUUGAGCCGUUAUAUAAUGAUUAUCGGAAGCUGAGGAGGAAAUUAGCUGAUGGGCAGUAUGCAUUGACACAUGUGGAUGAGUAUAUUGAUGAACUUUUGACGACGGAUUAUUCUUGUGAUAUUGCUAUGCCCCGUAUCAAGAAAAGAUGGAUAUUGGAACAGAAUAAACAGCUGGAACCUCGGAGAAGUGCAUUGGAAGAUGACUUUGAAGAGGAAGAGGAGAAGGAUGAGGAUGAACCACUUGCCACUGGAUUAGAUGACGAGCAUGAAAAGGAUUACUAUCGUGGGGGGAGUCCAUCUAGGGAGAGAGAACGGGAUAGAAGAAGAGAUAGUCACAGAUACAGGGAUCGUGACUAUGACAGAGAUCGAGAUUAUGAUAGAGACUAUGACAGAGAUCGUGAUUAUGACAGGGAACGUGGCAGACGUGACAGGGAUAGGGAUAGGGAUAGAGAGAGAGAUAGAGAUAGAGACAGGGAUCGUCAUCGCCUCAGGGAUGAUGAUAAGGACUAUGGUCGUGAGAGGGAUCGAGGAAGGGACAGGGAACGUGAUAGACGUGAUCGUGAGCGUGGUCGACGCAGGAGUUAUUCGAGGAGCAGAAGUAGAAGCAGAGACCGUAAAGAUCGUGAGGACGACCGUCGUAAAAGGCAUGCUCGCAGCAGUGCUAGUCCUGUUCGGGAUGAACCUAAGAAGAAGAAAGUGAAGAAGGAGAAGAAAGAAAAGAAAGAUGAUGGAACAGAUCAUCCAGAUCCAGAGAUUGCAGAAGCGAAUAGGCUUAGAGCAUCGCUCGGAUUAAAGCCUUUGAAGCUAUGAAUAUGUACAUCUGCGUUUGUAACUCUUAAUACUCAAUAUGUUCUGGUGAUGUGUGAUCUUCUGGCCUUGUUGCCUCACUUCUUUUUGUUUGCUUAUUUUUAGUGUACUAAUAAUGUAAUACUGGAAGCUGCAGCUUUGUCUCCUUUUUUUCACAGUUUGCAAAUUCCUUGCUUAUUGUUUUUCUCUAGUAUUAUUAGCUGAAGCUAAAAAGUUCCAACAAA